AGACGCUCUCUUUCUUUCUUAACUCCCUCUCUCUCUGUCUCUCUCGCCCGAAAGGAAAAACACCCUCGGCAGUCGGCUCUCUCAUUUUCUCUACAGCAAUCUUCACCCGCUUUCUUUAAGGAGGAAUCAAGGACCCUCGCAUCUCUCUUCGCUGAGAUGGUUGUUCCUCCACCAGUCAGGCCACCUACUAUUACAAAGUUUCUAAAGCCUUAUGUCCUGAAAAUGCACUUUACAAAUAAAUAUGUAAGUGCCCAGGUAGUCCACUCACCAACUGCCACUGUAGCCUCUUCUGCAAGCUCGCAGGAAAAAGCCUUGAGGGAGAGCCUGGAGUCGCAUAGGGAUGUUGCUGCUGCUGCAAAGAUUGGGAAGAUAUUAGGGGAGCGCCUGCUGCUCAAGAAUAUCCCUGCUGUAUCAGUCCACUUGAAGAGAGAACAGAAAUAUCAUGGUAAGGUUAAAGCUGUCAUUGAUAAUGUGGUAGAAGCUGGUGUCAAACUACUCUGAUUUUGUAGGAGGAGGAUAAGGAGACAUUAGGUUGCUUACUGUCUGGUUCUCAUGUUUUAAGAAAAGAAAGUAUUGGGCUAUUGAUGCAAUGAGCAUUUCUUUUUCCAUCAUGUUGGAUGUUGAUUUUGAUUUCAGUUAUGUUAUUUAUGGGAUUACUAUUCAUGGAAUGCUCCUUUUUAGAUAUGAUUUGGGGUUAAAAUAUUUGAGUUAUUAUCAUCA